CGUCAGUCAUCAAUGGCCAUUCUCUCUCGUCGCCAUAUCUUCUCAAUCUGGUAAAAAGGACGAGUCGUCCAAUUAUUCGAACUCGAGAUCAAGAACCCUCGGUUGAAAUUUCUUACCAUAUAGGCCGGCAUUCACUUUUUUCCCCUAAAGGACCCACGACCAUCUCUCUCUCUCUCUCUAUCUAUCUCUCUCCUCGGGAUCCACAGGGGGGCCUCGCUCGAUAUCCUGCGCGAUUCCUCUGUCUCUUCUCCUUCUCUACGUCCAUGCCAAGCCCCCCUUCAUUAAAUUCCCCUUCGCCCUUUUCAAACAUUCAAAAAGAUUCGAACACCCCUAAUAAAUCUCAGAAAGCAAAAGCAAGCUUCACGGGGAGAUGGUGAAACCUGUCUGAGAAAGAGAACAAAGCAGAGGAGGCCUGAACAAGACGCAAGACUCAUAUAUCUGUCGCGUACCUCGCUUUCCCAACGUAGUCCUCAAUCUUUGAAUCUCUCGCUCGCUCUCUCUCAGGAUGAAGAGCAACGCCAACGCGAAGCUCAUCGUCUUCCACCCUUCACUCCACAAGCAAGCAAGCACCGCCCCAGCCUCUCACCGCAUGUGGCUCCUCUUCUUCAUCACCUUCUUCACCUUGGCCUUCACUGUCACCCUCUUCAGCUCCGCCAUCCCCUCCUCCCCCUCCGCCUCCGCCUCCGCCGCUUCCUCCUCCUCCGCCGCCGCGGCCCUCCCUGCUGCCGUCACCGACGCCCUCCUCCACUACGCCACCACCACCAACGCCACCCACAUGACCCAGGCCGAGAUCAACUCCAUCGGCGCCGUCCUCCGCCGCUUCCCCUCCGCGAAUUUCCUCGUCUUCGGCCUCACCCACGAGACCCUUCUGUUUAAGGUUCUCAACUUCAACGGCCACACGGUGUUCCUCGACGAGAGCGAGUUCUUGAUCUCGCGGCUCGAGCAGCAGCACCCGGGGAUCGAAGCCUACGAUGUCCAGUUCACGACCCGGGUCAGCCAAAUGUGGGGCUUGAUCAAAUCGGCGAGGGACCACAUCAAGACCGACUGCAGGCCGGUGCAGAACCUGCUCUUCUCCGAGUGCAAGUUGGCCCUGAACGAUCUGCCGAACUACAUAUACGAGGUGGACUGGGACGUGAUCUUGAUCGACGGGCCGCGCGGAUACUUCCCGAAGGCCCCGGGGAGGAUGUCGGCGAUAUUCACGGCGGCGGUUCUUGGGAGGAGCAAGAAGGGCAGCGGCGGGAAGACGCACGUGUUCGUGCAUGAUAUCGACAGGGAAGUGGAGAGGAUUUGCAGCGAGGAGUAUCUGUGCGAAGAGAACUUGGUGGAGACGGUGGAUUCGCUGGGGCACUUCGUGGUGGAGAGGAUGCAGAGGGACAGCUUUGAGUUCUGCCGGAACGCGACGAAGCCGUCGUCAUCGUCGCCGUCACUGCUGCCGUCGGAUGGCGACGGGGAAGACGGUUGAUAUGUAUUCCGGGUUCUCGCUGAACGAGGCAUCUGCAUCUGCACUUGCAUUUGCAUUGUUCUUGGGAAAUUGUAACUAAGUAUAACAUAUAGAAAAGCCUGGAUUACUGCUCAA